CUAGCCCAAUCAAUAUUUUUUUCCAAAAAAAAAAAGAUGAAGCCCGUAUUGAAUAUUGUUCCACGUGUGACGGUGGCAGUAACAGCAGCGCCAGCAGAAGGAGUGGUAGUAUCCGCGCGUUCCCGCACAAGAGGAAGAAAGCCACUGCGCGGAGUCACUCGCCGGAUAAGGUCCAAGCCGCUCACACUCACAGUCAAAGCAAUGCGAGCCGUCGUUCAGCGAGUCGCCUCCGCAUCCGUCGAGGUUGAAGGCCGCAUCGUCUCCGAGAUCGGCCCCGGCCUCCUCGUCCUUGUCGGAAUCCACGAGUCCGAUUCCGACGCCGAUGCCGAUUACAUAUGCAGGAAGGUCUUGAACAUGAGGUUGUUCCCUAAUGAAAAUACGGGAAAAGCAUGGGACCAUAGUGUGAUGCAGAAAAAUUAUCAAGUUCUGCUUGUGAGCCAGUUUACCUUGUAUGGAUUCCUCAAGGGUAACAAGCCAGAUUUUCAUGUUGCUAUGCCUCCGCAGAAGGCCAACCCCUUCUAUGCGUCUUUAGUUGACAGGUUCAGGAACACAUAUAACUCAGAUGCUAUCAGGGAUGGUGUGUUUGGAGCAAUGAUGAAGGUAAAUUUGGUUAAUGAUGGACCAGUUACCAUGCAGCUUGAUUCACAAUCGUCCAAGAAUACGUCUGACACAGCAGAAUCUUGAUCUGCCUUGAUGAAAAAUGAGUUUUGAGAUCCAACCAAUUUUUUCGGCAAAAUCAUGUAGGACAUGGUCAUUCACAUGGGUUUUGUUGAUCAUUCUAUAUGAAGCUCAUUAUCUGCUACUGGAAAUCACUUAUCCAUCUUGGAGCACUAUUUCAGCUCAAGGAUGCCUAAGGUUGUCCUUGCCCAUUCUGUUUAUUCGGAAAUAGAGUUUGUAUUCUUUUUGUACUCACUAAAGCCAGAUGAUUAACCCUGUGUGAAGGGCUAAUGGCCUUAUGACCAUUAUAUUUGCCAAAUUGUAUUUUUAAUGUAGUCUGUUAUAGACCCAUAUUUUGGACUAAAUCCCCGUAGUGGUUCCUUAGAUUCACGAUUUUCACCAUUUUAGUCCCUCAAAUUCAAAAUUCAAUAUCAACAAACGAAAUGCUUAGCUAGCUUUGACUUGCCACGCUAGACACAUGGCUAAAUAGCGUCUUUUCGUUUUAGCUCUUAAAAAGGACAAAAGAAGGUCGUUUUGGAAAAUGAAGAGAGACAUAAUGAUUUACACAUCAUAUAAACUCUUCUUCCUUUUCUCGUUUUUGCAUUGUUUAAAUGCCAAAAUGAAAUGACGUUGUUUAGCCAUAUGUCCAGUGUGGCAAGUCAGAGCCAAUUCAGCAUUUAGUUUGCUAAUUCAGUAUUAGAAAGGAUCCAGGACUAAUAUGGUACCCAGAACUGAAUCUCAAUGACCAAUAUAGGUAAUUUUGAAUUUGAGGGACUAAAAUGGUAAAAAUUGUGAAUCUGAAAGACCACUUUGGGGAUUUAGUCCAUAUUUUGUAAUAAAAUUUUCGGUUGGUGUUACUCGAUAUGGAUGGUCCUAUUUUUUGUGUAUUUUUGUGGCAUGAAUGCUUUAUGAUAUUCACAACUAUCUAGUUAACGAGCA